GUCACUAGAUCCCAUCAUUUCCGCCGCACUAUUAGGAGGCCUGGCUGCUGCUCCUGGCAGGUGAUCAGCUGAUUCUGCAAGCUGGUACUGCAAAGUCAAACACAGAGAUUGUCAGCGUGCCGGCAAGGGGAGAGCGGGGCCAGGAGGGCCAGGGGCUCUGGGAACCAGGGCAGCUCUGCCCCGAAAACUGAGCUACCUGAGUGCUGUUACCUGCUGAAUAAUAGAAGAGCUGACAGCCAGCUGGGGAGAAAUGUGAUCCUUGUAGCCAGCCGGGGAAGAUACCUGAGCUUCCAGCAGCUGCAUUAGUAACUGCAGAGAAGAAGCCUUACUCCCGGCUGCUCGGUGAGGUGCAGCGUGGCCGGGGAGACUGGACAUCUUUGCCCAGGGGCUGCCUGUCCCUGGCAUGCCUGCAUGGCUGGUGCCUACCACCAAGGACACAGGCUCAGGGCUCAGAGGAUGAGAGGGGCCGUGUGAGCUGGGGCAGGCACUCAGCGUAACAGAGCUCAAGGGCAGAGCCAGAAAGGUGGCCCUAGGCUUCCGAGGAGGUGAGGCAGAAAGAGCCUGCCUGCAGCUGGUGCCUGCGUGCCCUGGGUCCGGCACCUCAGCCCCAUGUCCAGAGGAGGGGAGAUGGUUUAUAUUCCGGAUGACUCCGACUUCAGCUCGUUCAGGGAUCAGUGUGAGAACCUGGAAGGCUGGCACUGUCGAUAUAACAAGGGUGGCGUGACUGUGUGGAGUCAGGGCCAGGAAGAAAGCUGCACCGUGCAAAAAAUCAAGACACGCAUUUCCUGCAAGGACGUCCCUGCUGAGACGCUCUAUGAUGUGCUGCAUGAUACCCAUUACCGCAAGAAGUGGGACUCAAACAUGAUCGAGACCUAUGACAUCGGGCGCCUGACUGUCAACGCUGACGUGGGAUACUAUUCCUGGAAGUGCCCAAGCCCCCUGAAGAACAGAGAUUUUGUUACCCUGCGCUCCUGGCUGCCCCUGGGCAACGAUUACAUAAUCAUCAAUUACAGCGUCAAGCAUCCGAAAUACCCACCUCGGAAGGAUUUUGUGAGGGCUGUGUCCUUGCAGACAGGCUACCUGAUCAAGGCAAAUGGCACCAGUGCCUGCAUCCUCUAUUACCUUACCCAGGUGGACCCCCGAGGGUCGCUGCCAAAGUGGGUGGUGAACCGAGUCUCCCAGUUUGUGGCACCAAAGGCAAUGAAGAAAAUUUACAAGGCAGGGCUAAAGUAUCCAGAGUGGAAACACAAGCACGACCCCCAGUACAAGCCCUGGGUGUACCCAGAGCAGAACACGUUGCCCAGCGUCAGCCUGGACGAGUUGUCAGUGCAGCAUGCCGACUCACUGGAGAACAUCGACGAGACUGGUUUGCCUGAGGAUCACCUGAACAUGAGUGACAACGAGGCCUGAGCCCUCCCCACUGGUGGCCCGGGGCAUGGGCCAAUGCCUGUCUGCAUCUGUGGGGACUUGGCAGCAAGGGGGCUGCUCCCUGGGCCCCAAUCAUCUGUCUGCUCCCCAGCUCCUUCAUCAUAGAUUCCCCCCUACCCCAGGCAACAGGAUGCUGCCCCUGGGGCACUGAGCCCCCUGCCCAUGGGAGCCUGCAGUUUGAGUGCUGAAAAGAAAGCAGAAGGGCACCCUAGUCCCCUUGCACCAGGGCUGUGGUGGCCCACAGAGAAGUCCUCAUGCAGGUGGACAGAGCUGGCUAAGGGAGUGAGUGCCCUGAGGAGAGGCUGGGCGCACCAUGAGAGAGGGAAGGAGGCUUCCUGCCACUUGGAUAUCCCUUGGCUGAUGUAAGACCUUCUGGCUGGUCCCUGGUGUCUCUCAAAGGUCCAGAACUGGAUGGUCUACAGGUGAACCCAGGGUUCCUGCCCAGGCUUUCCAGCAGCACAAGGAUGGUGUGAGGUCUGGACAGACCCUCUUUGGCCUGGGGUCCUGCUCUGCCAGCCCUACAUUCAGGCUGGCUGCAUUCUAGCCCACGAAGUCCCCCACAGGCCCUGUGACCCCUAUCUCAGGGAGGGACCACCCCCCCAAACCUCUCCUGCGUGUCAGGCUCAUGUCCACGGGCAGACUCCAGACCAGCUAUGUCUGGGGACCCCUUCCCCAAGUGGUGUUGUGAGGAGCUUGUCCUAGCAGCAGGGCUCUGACUGCCUCUGUUCACAAUCCCUUGCACACCUCUCUCAUGGGUUUCCUCAGUGUUUGCUGCUGCUGUGGUUUCUAGCAGACCAAUAAAGGGA